UCCUAUAGAGUUACUCAGUUUGAGAAGUUGUUCGAGGAUAUUUGCAACAUCAGUCCAGCGAUUGGUGCAUACUUAGACGAUGCUAAUGUUGAAAAAUGGGCUCGCUGCCACUUUCCGGGAUUUAGAUACGACAUUAACACCAACAACCCUGCAGAAUCAAUCAAUUCUGCUUUGAGAUCACCUAGAGAGUAUCCGAUAAUUCCUUUGUUAGACAGCAUUAGGGAGAUGUUGACACGUUGGUUUUAUGAGCGAAGAGUAUUAAGUGCAAAGCAAAAAGAUCCGUUGACUAUUGAGGUGGAGAAAAAGAUUUCUAGAAGAAUAGAGAAAGGUAAAUUUUUUAAAGUUUAUCCGAUUACUAGUAACAGAUUACAGGUUAAAGCAAACGGAUUCGACUUCGUCGUUGACUUGGAAAGAAGAACAUGUUCAUGUGGGAAGUUUGAGAUAGGGAAACUUCCUUGUAGACACGCUAUAAAAGGAGCUUAUGCGAUAGGCAAGUGUAUAUACCCAUAUGCUGAUGAUGUGUAUACCACUGCCACUUGGAGAUCGUUAUACGAGGAAACUAUUAAUCCAAUUGGUGUUCCCGAAGAAGAAUGGCGUGUCCCAGAGGAGGUUGCAGCUGCAAUUGUGUUACCACCUGAAACAAGAAGACAACCUGGUCGACGAAGAAAACGAAGAUAUGAAACGGCUGAAGACAAGAUAAAAGCGUCACAACAAUCACAAUUGUCAAAGAGACAUAGGUGUAGUCGUUGUGGAAAAGAAGGCCAUAAUCGAACAACAUGUGACAUAGCUAUAUGAUUAAGGAUUAGAAAGCAACUUCAAAUUAUGAGCAGCUUCAUGUUUUUCCGAUUCACUACCAUGGGAGGUUGCGGGGUUCAGUUCUUAGUUUUUGAUUUUAUUCUAAUAAUUUUCGUUUUGCUUUUUUGAGUAUUACAUUCACUUAUACUUAUAUUUUUGUUUUUGUGUUUUGAUUUAUGGAUUCAGUAUUAGUUAAGUUUGUGGUUUAGUUUUGAACUAUGGAUUCACUUCUACUUAUGAUCAUUUUUUGUUCCU